GCCGUGCCGUGCCGUGCGCCGCUGGGGCCGUGCGGUGCCGUCCCGGUGUCACGGGGGACGUGCGGUGCCGCGGGAGCGCGCAGCGCUGCCCUGCAGGAGUGGCAGGAUCCAGUGGGAAUGUGCCGGCAGCGCUGGGAGCGCCAGGAGCGGCCCCGCGGCAGCGCUCGGCUGGCAGCCUCGCUGCGGGAGGCUUCUGGGCUCAGGGCUGCUGAAAGUCCAACUUUCGCGUUAAAUAUAAACCUGCCGCGGCUCUCGCCCUGUUAACCGCCCCUGUGGUCGUGGCAGGUCCGCACCCAAAGGGCGAGCAAGGCAGGAUCCUCCUGAGCCGCCUUCUCCCCCGUGCCAGACCUGUGCCGAAAUGGCCACCGUCCUCCUCGGCUUCAACAUAGACGCCCCGCGCUGGGACCAGAGCACCUUCGUGGGGCGCCUGAAGCAUUUCUUUAACAUCACCGACCCCCGCACUGUGCUGGUGCCAGAGGAGGAGCUGGACCGGGCCAAGGCCCUGGUGGAAGGCUGCAGGGCCGGGCUGGUGCCACCAGGAAGCAGCCAGGAGCAGCUGCUCUAUGCCAAGAAGCUGUACGACUCGGCCUUCCACCCAGACAGUGGCGAGAAGAUGAACCUCAUUGGGAGGAUGUCCUUCCAGGUGCCAGGGGGCAUGGCCCUCACCGGCUGCAUGCUCCAGUUCUACCGGACAGUGCCUGCAGUGGUUUUCUGGCAGUGGAUGAACCAGUCCUUCAACGCCAUUGUCAACUACACCAACCGCAAUGCUGCCUCCCCCAUCUCUCUCAGGCAAAUCGGGGUAGCUUACAUCACGGCCACCAGUGCAGCCCUGGCCACUGCGGUGGGACUCAACCUUUACACCAAGCGAGCCCCGCCCCUGCUGGCCCGCUGGGUCCCCUUUGCAGCCGUGGCUGCUGCCAACUGUGUCAAUAUCCCCAUGAUGAGACAACAGGAGAUCAUCAAUGGGGUGACAGUGACAGACCAGGACAACAAUGAGCUUGGCUGCUCCAGGAGGGCAGCAGUGAAAGGCAUCACGCAGGUUGUGGUCUCCAGGAUCACCAUGGCAGCACCAGGCAUGACCCUGUUGGCUAACUUGGGAGGGAGCCCUCACCUCUUCUCUCUGCAACUAGUUAUUUUGCCUAUCAUCAUGGAGCGACUGGAGAAGUUCACCUUCAUGCAGCGGAUCCGGGUUCUCCAUGGGCCUCUGCAGGUGCUGCUGUGUGGGGGCUUCCUCCUGUUCAUGGUGCCGGCAGCCUGCGCCCUCUUCCCGCAGAGAUGCUCGCUUGCACUGGCUGACCUUGAGCCGGAGCUGCGUGACAGCAUCGUGGCCAAGCAUGGUGACAAAGUGCCAUAUGUCUAUUUUAACAAGGGACUGUGAAUGAAAACUACCUCGGGAGCUAUCUCACCCCUCCAGCCCCCUGCCACCACCAGCCACACGUCCCCUGAGCAGGGCUCAGAGGCACAGUCCAGCUAGAGCUGACCUCAGCACUGUCUCUGCUGCCUCCAUCCUCUGGAGAGACAGGGAUGGGUCCUGUGUGCCCAACUUGCAGCACUUUGGCUUGUCCUGAGCCUCCCCCAUUCUGCUGCUGGCCCUGUCCCUGCAUCCCCACAUCCCUCUUGCCCUGGGCAAUGGCUCUGCUUCCUGUGCCUUGCUCCUCCCCUGUGCAGGAGGAUUUGCCCAGCCUGUUGGAGGCUUGUGCAAUCACUGGGAUUGGUCCCAUGAGGCUCUCCCUCAGAGUACAGUCCUAACUCCAAAAGCAGGUGCCCUGCCAUUGUACCAGGAAACCAAACCACAUUGCUGCCUUAAAUCAUGACAGUGGACUCUAACCAAGUGCUGGAUCACACCUUGGCAGAUGGGAAGGAACCUGUCCCCUCUGCAUAGAGAGCACCCCAAAGUCCAAGGACCAAUGCCUGGACCAUGUCUUCCUUGCUCUUGAGCUUGGGUUUUAUUCACUUUUCAAUUUCCACAAUCCUGGAGAGAAAUAGUCAAUUGUUUUUAAGCUCUAAUUUUUUCAAUAUACCCAUUCCUCUGGGCACGAGAGCCAGCCAUCACCCUUGCUCCUGCAUCUCACUGUCCCCCGGGUAGGACCAAGGAUCUGCAGCUUUGGGGGACAGUACACUCUGGGCCCCCUUGGACAGGGGGAAGGAGACACAGGAGUCUCAAAGCUGCCAAGGCAUUAACUCAGGCUCUGAAUAGCAACACUGCAAACAACAGAAGAGGGUAGAAAAAUAAAAUGCAAUUAUUUUUAAAAAACA